AGAGCUAGGAUAGGAUGGGCUGGGGGCUGGUGCCGGGCUUGGCUGUGUACUGGGCUGUGCAGAACUAGGGGUAGGAUCUGAGUGUGUUUAUAUAGCCCAGGCAAACCCGCUCUCUGGCCCAUUCCCUCUAAGCCAGAGAAUACAACCCUACCAGGACCGCUGGCAAGGGAUUGUUUAGCAUUUAACAACAGAGAGAGAGAGAGCGAGACAGAGAGAAAGAGAGAGAAAACAGAGAGCGAUAGAGAACAUACACAUAUAGAGGAAGCCAGAGAGAUAGAGUGGUCAACAGGGACACAUAGGAGGGAAGAUAUAGAUUGAAAGAAAGAGAAAGAGUUCGAGAGAGAGACAGAGAGAAAGAAAGAGUCGAAGAAAUAGGUCUGAGAUAUUAAACACACAAUCCCAUUUACCUCUCUCUCAACAUACUCAUACACAUUGUGAGACAGAGAGAAAGCAGACAAAACUCACCACACAAAGUCUCUGACAGAUAGAUAGACCUCAACACAGACAGACUCUCUGAGACAGACGGACGGCAAGCAGCAUGUUUCUGUGGCGGCUCCCCCAGGCAGCGUGUCUGGUGUUGGUGUGUGUGUCGCUGACUCUUGGGUACGAAGACGAUAUAGAGGUGAACUAUGGUGACAGCUACUACAACGAGAUCACAGAGGGAGAGCCACUGGAGCCCACAGCUACCCCAGCCCCAGGACCCUGUAAGGCUACAGACAUGACUAAAUGGGACAAGCUCUUCUCCAUGCUGGAGAACUCUCAGAUGAGGGAGAACAUGCUUCUGCAGUUCUCCGAUGACAUCAUCAAGGUGGAAUUGGGGUCGCUGCGUGGAGAGAUGCUAAGGUUCGUGGCUCAGUACGGAGGGGCCUGUGGCGUUGCGGUGGAGACCGCUGGGCGGAGGAUGUCCAUGCAGAUGGAGGCUCGCCUCAGGGAGAGCAUCGAGCAUCUCAGACAGGAUCGAAGCACUGAUGCUGGGAAUUCAGCUGGGAAUAGCCAUCAGGAAAAGCUGUUACAGCAGCUUCUAACUGCAAUGAGGACACAGGCUAUCCAACUUAUCAAGCUGGAAAACAUCUGCCUGAGUAAUCCAGAGGCUAAGGGGGAAAACUUGCAGCAGGAAGUGGCAUCAGCAGAGAUGCUGGUUGCCGUGGUGACAGAGCUGGCGAAGACGAGGGCAGUGCUAGAGCUCACGCUCAAGUCGGCACAGCAACGACACCUGCCUGCAGGCUGUGAGACCGCUCUUCUCUUCCCUAUGCGUUCCCCUCGUAUCUUCUCCUCGGUGACACCAGACCUCCCUCUCUCCCUCUCUUCCUUCACCGUGUGCCUGUGGGCCAAGCCCGUCUCCAUCUCCAACAGAACCGUGCUGUUUUCCUACGGAACCAAACGGAACCCCUAUGAGAUACAGCUCCUUCUUAGCGGAACAAGGGCUCUCUUCACCGUGGGAGGAGAGGCUCACCUGGUGGAGGCACGGGGAGUGGUGAAAGGAGGAGGAGUUUGGACCCACCUAUGUGGGGCUUGGAGCUCUGAGCAGGGCAUAGCGUCACUAUGGGCCGAUGGACACAGAGUGGCAUUCACACCCGGGGUGGCCGAGGGCCACAUGUUACCGGAUGGAGGCUCACUCCAGCUGGGGCAGGAGAAGAACGACGGUGGGGUCUCUGGAGGGUCAGGUGGCAGUGGGAGUCAGAUGCCUGGGUUUGAGGGAGGCUUCGAUGCCAAGUUGGCAUUCGCUGGGAAGAUGACAGGGGUGAACAUGUGGGACCGUGUGCUGUCGGAGGAGGAGAUAUCCCAGCUGGCUUUGCAAGACGGCGAGGGGUGUGAGCAGAGGGGGAAUGUAGUUGGGUGGGGCUUGACGGAGAUUGUGCCUCACGGGGGUGCUCAGUUCAUCAACUAACUCGGAUGACGUUUUCAUCAUCAUCAUCAUCAUCGUUUAAAUCAACUCUAUCAGCUUCAUCAUCAUAAUCCUCAUCAUCUUCAUCCUAAUUGUCAUCAUUUAAAUGAACUAUCAUUAUCAUCGUUUAAAUCAACUCUCUUCAUCUUCAUCAUCAUCAUCAUCAUUUAAAUGAACUAUCAUUUUCAUCAUCAUAAUCAUCAUCAUUUAAAUGAACCAUCGUUUUCAUCAUGUAAAUGAACUUUCAUCAUUUAAAUUAACUAUCAUCAACUUCGUCGUCACCAUUAUAAAAUAACCUGCAGUGCAGAACAGCCCGACCGGCUGAGACUGCAACAACAAUGUGAACAUGAACAACAACACCAGCUCUCUUUAAUGGCUAAAGAGACUGGAGAAGAAUGUGCCCUGUUAGAGGAGUGUUUCCCAUUUAGAGAAGCAGUGGUAACACACACACAAACACACACAAACACACACACACACACGGUGAGAAGCAUUAGUAUACAUAGUCUAAGGAGUAGAAGUGGAAGAAACAUCAUUUACCACAGAUGUAAAGAGAAAAAUGAAAAGGAAAGAACAGAGGUGAGAGAGACAAAAAGAUUAUUUGGGUCAACUGGCACAAAACCAGUCUGCAAGUGUCAUCACUAGAUGGCCAUACUAGAGAGGACCAAAUUGGCUAUAUCAUCAGCAGUGCAAGUAUGUUAGCUGUUUGUUAUUAAUGGAGUGUUAGGGUUAAGGGGUAAGGUAAAUGAGAAAGGGUUGAGGUUUGGGUUAGUUGUUAAAGUGGAAUUUCUGGCUAAAAAAAACACUUUACCUUUGUCCUCUCUAGCAUGGCUACGUAGUGACAACUAUCUGCAAGCUGCCAUAGGAGGUUUUAAUCAUUCUAUUACCUUAUAAUCUUAUGCGUCCGGCAAAAGUUAUUUUUUUCCAAGCGUUGUUUCCAACUUUGUAUUUAUCAAAGUGUUUACAUUCAGAUGUGAAAAACAUAAUAUUUUUGUUGUUUUGUAUUUUGCUUAGUUUUCCAUACACCCAGAGGUCUUUCCAUACACCCAGAGGUCUUUCCAUACACCCAGAGGUCUUUCCAUACACCCAGAGGUGUUUCCGUACACCCAGAGGUCUUUCCAUACACCCAGAGGUCUUUCCAUACACCCAGAGGUGUUUCCAUACACCCAGAGGUCUUUCCAUACACCCAGAGGUCUUUCCACACACCCAGAGAGCUUUCCAUACACCCAGAGGUGUUUCCAUACACCCAGAGGUCUUUCCAUACACCCAGAGGUCUUUCCAUACACCCAGAGGUGUUUCCGUACACCCAGAGGUCUUUCUAUACAUCCAGAGGUCUUUCCACACACCCAGAGAGCUUUCCAUACACCCAGAGGUGUUUCCAUACACCCAGAGGUCUUUCCAUACACCCAGAGGUGUUUCCAUACACCCAGAGGUGUUUCCAUACACCCGAGGGCUUUCCAUACACCCAGAGGGCUUUCUAUACACCCAGAGGUCUUUCCAUACACCCAGAGGUGUUUCCAUACACCCAGAGGUGUUUCCAUACACCCGAGGGCUUUCCAUACACCCAGAGGGCUUUCUAUACACCCAGAGGUCUUUCCAUAUACCCAGAGGUGUUUCUUCUCCUUGAAAUGGGUGCCAAUGGAUGAUGCAAUACGAUUACUUAGUCCCUGUUUGUUCCGCAUCUCAUUUGAGACAGAAACACUUGAUUUGAAAAGCGGAACUGUGGACAAUUUUUACAGAAUCUGUUACAACGAUCUCUGCUCUUUGUUAACGUAGUAGGCAAUGUGUAUCAUAUUGUAAAUUGUUUUGUGUUUUUGUCAAGAAGUAAAAAUGAAUGUAUUUUGUAUAUAAAUAUUUUUUGGCAUACAGUAUGACUAAAAAUGGAGAAUAAACGAGAAACGAGAAUAAAAUUACAUGUUAACAUUAA